AUGCCGAGCUUUGUUCUGCGACAGCACCCCGCUAACGGCUCCAGCGAAUCCAAAAAUCAGGGAGCAGCCUCCAAAACGAUCCCGAAGAUGGCGUUAAGGCUCUGUGGGACCUGGGUGUGGAUCCUCGUCGCUGCUACCUCUGUCUCCUUCCCGCUGCUGCAGGGAUGGGUGAUGUACGUGUCCCUCACCUCCUGCCUCAUCUCCCUGCUGCUCCUCUUAAGCUACGUCUUCGGCUUUCACAAAAACAGCAAGAACUGGAAAGUGCUGGACAGUUUGUACCACGGCGCCACGGCCAUUCUGUACCUGAGCGCUGCUGUCUUGCAAGCCAACGCGACCAUCCGCUCUGAGCUCGGCUCCAACUCGCCCCUUUACUACCAGCUCAACAGCGCCGCAUCGUUCUUCGCCUUCAUCACAACCUUCCUGUACAUCCUCCAUGCCUUCAGCAUCUACUACUAG